AUGACACCUUUGCUCAAUGAGCACCCGUCUGGACAGCCUUGCUUCGCCUGCGGCGCCCGUCCCGGCAGCAAGGCAGCAGCGAGUGAGACAAUCACACUCUGUAAGCGCUGCGCCUUCGCAGACGUCCCCGUCUCGUUUUGCGACUCAAAGUGCUACGAACGCGGUAAGGAGCGGCACGAGAAGCAGAACUGCGUUGGGCAGACCAACAGGCGGAUAUUCCUCGACGAACCGGAGAGCUGGAAACACUUCUGUACGCCCGGCUGUCGCGUUGAGAUCGUGUCGCCCCGACUCCAGCUCCGACCCGUAGAGAUUGAGGACGACAAGCGGAUCUUCGCCGUCAAGAACGAACGGCUCGUCUCGUCGCAGCAACUCUACGGCGUCAUCGACGACCCUAGCAUCGUUCUUCCCUUCUUCACCGCCGGAUACCUCGACAACAACAUCCCGGCGGUCGAGUCGGAAGGCUCGCCUGUUGCUGGCCGGACACGAUACGUAUGGGCUAUCGAACCGCGAUUGAACAAGGACGGAACACGCGCGGUCGAGGCGAAGAAGGCAGAAGGAGUGAAGCACGACCUUGACGCGGACGGCUACAUCGGCAACAUCGCCGUCCAGAUUCUGGUCAAACCCGGAGGUCACCGGGGUAGCGACUUCGAGCCCAAGCCUGGCGAGAUUUUUUGCUACCCGAGCGAGCAGGAACUUACGACCAGCCCGUAUGAGGCCGUCUUGUUUUAUGAGCUGCAUCCGAACUUCUGGCGACAAGGGCUCAUGACAGAGGCUAUCAAGGCCGUCAUCCCGUUCGUCUUUACAACACUCAAGCUUCCGCGCAUCAUCAUCGACCCCGUCUCCUCGAAUGAGGCGUCCCUCGCGCUCGCCGAAAAACUCGGCUUUACCAGGAUCGGCGAGGUCGGCCGCAAGACUGUCUCGUUCUUCAAGCAUUCGAAGCAGAUCCGGUAUGAGCUGACCAGGGAGCAGUGGCUCAAAGCGAAGAAGCCCAGCAAGUCGAAGGCGAAGAAGAAGCGGAAGAAGGGCGCGGCGACGGAUGCCGCUGCAGAGGGUUCCGACGCGCAGGACGGACCUCGGGCUGAGGGUAAGGAGACAGAGGUGGAGGCGGAGGACAACGUCAAGGAGGGUCAGGAGGACGUGCCGAAGGGAGAAAGCGACGCAGUGGACAUUGCGCAGCGAAAGAGCGAGGACGCGGCGGCAGCGAACGGCGGCGAGAGCAUUCCAGUCGAAGCGCGGACGUGCCGAUGGUGCCAAGUCCCGUCGCACCACGGCGUCCUCGAGUGUGGCGGCUGCAAAUGGGCAUUCUGGUGCUCGCAGCCCUGCAAGACGGCGGAGUUGACCUAUCACAACGGCGCACACUACCUUUAA